AUGUGCCAGUCCAAGAGUGAGACCACCACCCCAAUGUGCCAGUCCAAGAGUGAGACCACCACCCCAAUGUGCCAGUCCAAGAGUGAGACCACCACCCCAAUGUGCCAGUCCAAGAGUGAGACCACCACUCCAAUGUGCCAGUCCAAGAGUGAGACCACCACCCCAAUGUGCCAGUCCAAGAGUGAGACCACCACUCCAAUGUGCCAGUCCAAGAGUGAGACCACCACUCCAAUGUGCCAGUCCAAGAGUGAGACCACCACUCCAAUGUGCCAGUCCAAGAGUGAGACCACCACUCCAAUGUGCCAGUCCAAGAGUGAGACCACCACUCCAAUGUGCCAGUCCAAGAGUGAGACCACCACUCCAAUGUGCCAGUCCAAGAGUGAGACCACCACCCCAAUGUGCCAGUCCAAGAGUGAGACCACCACUCCAAUGUGCCAGUCCAAGAGUGAGACCACCACUCCAAUGUGCCAGUCCAAGAGUGAGACCACCACUCCAAUGUGCCAGUCCAAGAGUGAGACCACCACUCCAAUGUGCCAGUCCAAGAGUGAGACCACCACCCCAAUCUCGGUGUCGGAGCAGGAGGAACCCGUGGCUGCAGCUCGGUGUCGGAGCAGGAGGAACCCGUGGCUGCAGCUCGGUGUCGGAGCAGGAGGAACCCGUGGCUGCAGCUCGGUGUCGGAGCAGGAGGAACCCGUGGCUGCAGCUCGGUGUCGGAGCAGGAGGAACCCGUGGCUGCAGCUCGGUGUCGGAGCAGGAGGAACCCGUGGCUGCAGCUCGGUGUCGGAGCAGGAGGAACCCGUGGCUGCAGCUCGGUGUCGGAGCAGGAGGAACCCGUGGCUGCAGCUCGGUGUCGGAGCAGGAGGAACCCGUGGCUGCAGCUCGGUGUCGGAGCAGGAGGAACCCGUGGCUGCAGCUCGGUGUCGGAGCAGGAGGAACCCGUGGCUGCAGCUCGGUGUCGGAGCAGGAGGAACCCGUGGCUGCAGCUCGGUGUCGGAGCAGGAGGAACCCGUGGCUGCAGCUCGGUGUCGGAGCAGGAGGAACCCGUGGCUGCAGCUCGGUGUCGGAGCAGGAGGAACCCGUGGCUGCAGCUCGGUGUCGGAGCAGGAGGAACCCGUGGCUGCAGCUCGGUGUCGGAGCAGGAGGAACCCGUGGCUGCAGCUCGGUGUCGGAGCAGGAGGAACCCGUGGCUGCAGCUCGGUGUCGGAGCAGGAGGAACCACAUGCUCUGCUGGGUUCACUUCUGAUCGAUCUGCACUCCGCGGUCUGUGGUGGUGCAUCCUGGUGUUUUGCCAAGUCCCUGUUUGUAGACUGGCUGUAA